GGGAGUGGACUCACCAAGUUACUGUAAUGCGAACAGGAUCCCACAAAUAGUCGUAAAAUCUCCUGUUUUUGUUGUUGUUUGUUUUUUUACCACUCUUGUGUAAAUAAAAAUAAAUUUUAAUAACAACAACAAACAUGGCGCUCACCGAUGCCGACGUCCAAAAACAGAUAAAGCACAUGAUGGCCUUCAUCGAGCAAGAGGCCAAUGAGAAAGUUGAGGAAAUUGACGCCAAAGCGGAGGAAGAGUUCAACAUCGAGAAAGGACGUUUAGUGCAAACGCAGAGGGUGAAAAUAAUGGACUACUACGAGAAGAAGGAAAAGCAGAUUGAACAGCAUAAGAAAAUCCAGAUGUCCAACCUGAUGAACCAAGCACGGCUGAAGGUGCUGAAGGCCCGUGAUGACAUGAUCACGGACUUGUUGAUUGAAGCCCGGCAAAAACUUGCAGUGAUUGCGCAGGACCCCGCGAGGUACUCCACAUUGCUUGAGGGGCUUGUGCUCCAGGGUUUCUACCAACUGCUGGAAGAGAAAGUUAUCAUUCGUUGUCGCCAGCAGGACGUGGAGAUGGUUCAGGUUGCAGUGACUAAGAACAUCCCCAUCUUUAAAGCGGCUGUGAAAAAACACAUCGCUGUCCAAAUUGACAUGGACCAUUUUCUACCGUCAAGCAUCUGCGGAGGAGUGGAGGUGUACAAUGACAACGGCAAGAUAAAAGUUUCUAACACUUUGGAGAACAGACUUGAACUUUUAGCGCAACAGAUGAUGCCUGAAAUCAGAGUGUCCCUAUUUGGCGCCAACCCCAACCGCAAGUUCACAGAUUAACAGUGGAUUUAAAGGGUGCGGCGUUCACGCAGGUGGAAUAGGUUUGAUCAACGGGAAGCGGUGUUGCAUCGUUCUCACUUACUCAAGUGCCUUUCUUCUUUUUAACCGGGCGAGCCCAGUGACGGCCUUCGAUUACAUUUCAGCCUUGUGUGCCAAAUGUGUGCGCGUGUGUUUUUUUUUUUUUUUAACAGUUUUACUAUGUUUACAACUGUAUACAAGCCAGCAAACAAACAACAUGUUUGUUAUUGUUAUUAUCAGGGAGCUCUUAAUAUUCAAAAGCCAAAGUAAUAAAUAAGCGUGACACAGAAGUCUGCUGGUAUCUUUAUUUACAAGUCGUAAACAAAUGCUUUACACAGACUCUUUAGACUAUAUUGUGAAAACUCUAACCGAGUUAUACAACCGACAUCAUUGUGUGUGUGUGUUUUAUAUUUUCUAUAACGUAUUAUAAUUUAAGUGCGUAAUUGUUUUUUAUGAAACAGGACAAAUUACAGAUAAUUC